CUGCAAGCCGCCACAACACACCAUUCAGUAAGUAUCUAUGAGAAGCCAUCUUCAUCUUUCAGCCGCGUAGAACAAGACGAUCAUCAGCAUCCAUCAUCAACUUCCAUCAGUGUUCCAUAAGCUCCAUCAUAGAUACUGAAGUCCAUCAUCGCGCCAAUACCAUUUCAGUCACUGCUGCCUCACUUCAUACACACCUAGCAAGUGGGACCUUCAACAUAAAUACAGCAGCAACUUUUUUUUCACGGUAAUUCCAUAGUCUGAAACACUCUCAAGCACACGUGAACCCAAAGCUCAUUAUCGUAUCAGAACAGACUUGCCAAGGUAACCCACCAAAACGGUCGGCGGCGUUGAGUUUGAAGCUUUCCCAACAAGCCGAGGGCGGCGGCCCACAUCAUGAGUGCCCAUGACAUGUCCCUCCUGGGCGGGGAUUCCAUGAGCAUCGACUCUGGAAUCCAGGUGAUGCAGAGCAUUCAAGGCAUGGACGGUGCCAUGGCUCUCGAUGAUGUCGACCUCUUCGGAGAUUCUGUUAUGGACAAUGCUCUGGGUACCCUGCCCCUGACCUCUCGCCCUCCUCCAAGUAAGCAGCUUCAGCAGCGGCUGGACCAACUCCGAGCCCGUGGUUGCUGUCAGGGAAUCGCUUGGGGCCGCUUGGGGAACAUAGCCUGCGUCUCCAAAGAUGGCAUGUCGGUUGACAUUCGCUACAUGCGUUGCAAUCCCGAGAACGGUGAAUGGGAUAUGAAUGACCCAAGCUCUUCUGCCACCAUUUCACUGGUUCAUGGUCCGCCCUCGUUCAUCUCGCUGCCUUCUGCCGGCGCCCCCAUAGUCCACGUCGCCUGGUCCCCUACCACGCAUAUGGCUGACUUGGCCGUCAUUGAUGCUCUCGGCCGCAUCAGCAUUCUCUUCUUCCCACUGCAGAUCAACAGACCCUAUCCUAUGAGAAAAUGGGAUUCCGAUCCUGUGGACGACCUCCACAGCGUCGUCGGUUGUCACUGGUUACCAAUCGGUAACGCAGCAAGCCAGAGCCGAGGGUUUCUCACCCAAUGCAGUGGUGCACACUGGGCAGGGUCCGAAUACAAAUACAACCACAUGGCUCAGCCGGCUUUUGGGCCGUCACAUCCUCACCCUGGAAGGAGCGCGCUGGUGUGUGUUACCACAAAUGGUCUUCUGAGGCUGUUCUAUCAAAUUAGCAGCCGGCAUGAGGAAACGGCUCUCGAGCUCGAAAGUGUGACGGCCGCCGAUGAUCUCAUCACGCACGCCUCUUUCUGCUGUGAUAAACCUCUCGCUACGGCGUCGAAGCAGCUGAGGGUAGUGCGUGUUGGUGUGAACUGGGGGAAUCCCCCAAGUGAUAAGCAGGUGCACCCAGGCAGUAUACAGUUAAGACCAUCGAUGAAAGAGGUGCAUGUAGCCACCACCAGUUGGCUACAACAUGGCCCGAGCGAGUCGACUCUAGACUUUUCCAUGGCACAGCUCUCUCACCUCCUAGUACUCCCGUCUUUCAUGGAGACCAGUAACCCUCCAACCUUCGCCCCAGCAGUUGUUGUCACGGUAAGAUCAUAUCUGCCAAACGAAACCUCGCCCUACGAUCAGGAAACCCAGAGCAUCAUCGAUCGCUGGGAGGUUCUGAACGAUCAAGCCCAAGCACCACAUCCCGCGUUUGAGCAGCUGGGUCCCCGGAACGGUGCUGGGGCUGUCCCCCCGACCAUGACUAGGUUGCGGAAGCUGGAGCCAGUCACAAUCCCCAAAGUGGUCAUCUCGAUGCAAACGACCACCAUACAGCUGGGAAGAGUCGUUUGCUUCACCUUUAGCGACGGCACCGUUCAGUACCGUGACAGGUUCACCAUGGCUGAACUUUACAACGAGCACAACACCGAGAACAUCAACAGCCCUCACCAGGUUGGGUUCCAGUUUGACGAUCCGACGCCCUGUCUUCAGGUCGCUUUCUCUCCGAGCAACUUUGCAUUCGUCCAAGUGUGUGAGGAUAACACAUUGAAGCUGAGAAAACUCCAUUAUACAAUGGGUGAUUUAGGUUCCCUUCAAGACGUCCAAGCAAGGGCUGUUCUGGCAUCUCUCACAAUGCCCAUCUCUUUUGCCUGGCAACAGCAAAUGACCUUUGAUGACAUCCUGGCGGUUGUCCGUCCCUUGACCCAGCAUCCGAAGUUCACAAAUGCCUUGUUUAAGGAAAUCAUAACUCUGCUUCGGACUGUGGUCGACUACUCGGAAGAACAGCAGCAGCUUGUCGACACGCUCAUCCGGAACAACCAGCUGCAGUCCUGUCUGAGCCUUCUGAACCACUUUGGCUUCAAUGGGAACUUUGAAGCCAGGUCUUUCCACGGAAAGUUCGCCUCGGUCGCCCUCAACCUGAGAAACAUCAUUGUUCUCAUUGUGCUUGCGAACCACAGCCCACAAAAGUCCAACGGGGUACUGAACCCGCUCGAUGAAUCAGAGGUGGUCGAGACCCUUGUCGGAUGCGCAGAAUGGGCCGUCAGCUUGUUCUCGUGGCUCAUCGACUCGCUCUUCAACCUGCUCGACGACCCCGAGUUCAUGGCGCUCCUUUCCGACCAGAGACGAUUCCAGGAACUGGCGAGCUACCUCCACACCCGCAACGACGUCUCGGUCUAUCUUCUCCUCUGCUCAUCAACACGCAGCUUGCUCCAGGUUGCCUGCCGUCGGGUCGCGGGCUUGGAGGAAAUCAGCAGCCGCGCGCUCACGUACUACAAGACUCACAGCGUGACUGAGACAGGGGCUGCUCUUCACCAUGCCUAUCAGAGGAUGUACCGCACCAGCUCCAGCAGCCCGGUUAAACCCCAGGAUUUUGAACGCCUCUUGAGCACCCUCGGCAGGGACAUUUCCACUGCCUAUCAAAGAACGCUCACGGCGAUGGCCAAGUCCAAGGACCAGACCCAGCCCGGGGCCACGGAGCAGCAGCAGCAGCAGGCCCAGCAGCGGGUGGAGCUUUUUGUAAAGUCGGCGCAGAACCGGUGGGAGCUGGAGAUGCUGUCGGGGGCUAACCCGCCUAAUAUCUUCCGCGAGGUGCUCGCUCGCCUUUUUACGAGCACGCUGACGACGUUUAAGGCAUUGACGGACCCCGCGAAGCUGUAUUUUGCCAAUUAUGACCUGCUUGAAGUCAAUGAUGAUGCGAAGACGUUGAGGGCGAGGAAGAAGGCGGGGAAGUAUGUGGAUGUUUUUAAGAGGGUGGAGUUGGUUGCUGGGCAGCAGCAGCAAAACACGCAGUCUUUCCCUCCUGCUGCUGUGACGAAUGGGGCUCAGAGGAAGGGUGGUGGUGGGGAGAAUGUCAAGACUGAGGCUGGUGUGGGGGGUGCGGCAGGUGUGAAACUGGGGGGCACGCCUUCGUUGACGUUGGGGUUGGCAGGGGGUGGUGGUGGUGGUUCUGCCGGUGCUGGCAAUGGGGCGAAUGGGGGUGCUGCUGUUGCCAUGACGCAGGUUCACAGCCCGAGGGAUGAGGGAGCGGGAGGGGCGGGAGGUGGGCAUGCUAUUCGGUGGAGGCGGUGUGUGAGGUGUGCUUCGGUUAUGGAGGACAUUAUGAACCAGCGGCCUGGGUUUACAUAUGUGCUGGCGCAGCAGCGGAAGUGCUGUUGUGGAGGGGCUUGGGCGCUGGUUGCGAAGGGGGCUUUGGGGUAGAAGAGAUGGAAGUUUAUGCGCUUGGAUAGAUCGUUCACAAGCUCACGGUCAAAUUGUCCGUUCGUUGGGGAUACGAAAACUGACGUAUGGCUGCCAACCUGAGCAUGACCGUUUCAUUUCGUCUAUACACAAGCCAGUUCCAAUGAGUUGAAAUCACUUCUUUUCUUUUUUCACCAUAACCAACCCCUAUAUUUGCUUUGCCUUUUUGUCCUACGGUUCCCAAAGAUACCUCUGCUCCACCACCCCCUCCUUCACCAACCCCCUCAACGCCAUCCCAUAAUCCCCCCCAUUCGGCGUCCUAAGCAGCGUAUGAAUAUGAAACUUUGCCGGCUCCUUAUUCGUCAAGAAAACCCCCGAGUGGUGAUCAAACUCGACCAAAAUCACGGGGCUCUGAACCCGGUAGUAAAACGCAUCGUGAUCCCCAAACCCGCCAAUCCAACAAAAUGGAGGGGAGGUAGAGGAGGUAUUCGUCCAAGAUCUCCGCAACGAGAUCCUGUUGGGACUGGGUCAUCUCCGAGACUAACACCCCCUCAUAGGGAACAACCCUAUUGUCCCGAUAGGCACCGCAAAGGUGGCGUUGGUCGUCGUGGUUCCACCUCCCCUUUGGCAUGGCGUCAUCUUUUAAAUUCUUAUACACCUGCGCGAGUGUUUGUUUCUCAGCUGGUAAAGACUGCAUCAGCUGCAACCCCAACUUCUCCUCCCGCUGCAGGAUUUGGGUUCCUUUGUAGGGGCCCGAGUCAAUCAUGUUUGGCUCUGCGCCUGUGAACCACGGGCUUAUCACCACUUGGUCUUUGUAGAAGAAGAGGUUGAGGCAGAGGUGGUGGCCGUAGAAGGAGUAGCCCCAGGGUGUUGUGGUGGAGGGGGAGCCGAAGAGGACAAAGUUGUAGGAGUGCUCGUUGCAGAUCUUCGGGGCGGAGACGAGCUCGCCGAGGAAGUGGUUGAUGCGCAUGGCCGAGAGGGCUUUGUGGUAGCCCUCGGGGGAGAGGGAGGAUUGGAGGACUGAGAGGACGGCAUCCCGGAUUAGGGGGGUGAGCUCGUCGAGGCGGAUGCCUUUGUUGGAGAGGAG